AUGGUAAAGAAAGAGAAAAGAGCUAAAGAACAAUCUAAAGAAUCCUUGGAUGAGAAGAAGCACAUAAAUGAAUCCCCAGCUCUCCUGGAAGAGAAUCCAGGAAUACCAGAGCCUGACCCCGUUACUCCAGCGGACACCAUUGUUUCCCGCCAGACGGCUCCACAACCCACAGAAAGUAGUACACAAUCUAAAAAAAGGUCAUCUGGAGCAGCACGAGGUGUUUGUGCUAUGCACAAAGUGGUGAUGAAGAAAGCGAAGGGAGAGAAAUUGAAUUUACGGUUCAAUCAAGUUGCAGUUCCAGUUGGAGACGAACGGCACAAACUGCAGUCCUAUAUAGGCAUGCUAGCAAGGACAAUGGUGCCAAUCGACAUUCCAAGUUGGCCAAAGGUUGACCCUGAAUUAAAAGAGAAAAUAUGGAAUGAUCUUGAGGAUACAUUCGAGCUGAUUCCUGAAAGUCGGAAGAGGAUUCUACAGUCGGCAGGCGCAAAAUGGAGAAAUUUCAAGGCUAAAUUGACAGCGGAAUAUGUGCAGCCUUAUGUUGGACAGAAGAAGAAGCUACAGAAGCCACCAAAACAAUAUGCUUUUGUCGGUAAGAAAGCAUGGAGACGAUUCGUUGCAGUUAGAGUCACAAAAGAUUGGCAGGAAGAGAAUAGAAAACAGAGUGAGAGAGUGGGAAAACGGAAAUAUCCACACCGAGUGUCAAGAAAAGGAUACAUCGGAUUGGAAGAAGAAGAAAUACGGUCAGGGAGGUUGGAGCCUGCUGAAAGGCCAGAUAGGGCAAUUAUGUGGAAAAAUGCCCGUAAGCCAAAUGACGGGAAUAUUAGCCCAAAACUGAAAAAGAAAAUUCAACAAAUUGUAAGACUUCUAAUUUUCUACUUCUUUCAUUUUCAAUAUCAUGCCUAAUUAAUUUCAUUUUUU